AUGGCGCGACGCGGAGCAGUAGAAAAGCCAACUGAGGCAGCGCACGAAGACGGGGAUGCGACACCAACACUCAUUUCACCACCUGAAUCGAAGACGCCACCGACUGCCUCACACAAGCGCAAUCAGAGCCUCAACCGCAGUUCAGAGCCUGUAGACCCAUCAGCAUUGUCAAAAGCCCUAAAGGACUUCGAGCAGGCCGGCAAAGCACGAGAGCGGACACCAAUAGCUAGCCCCAGCCGCAAGAGACCGCGGAUACAAGGCGAUAGAUUCAUUCCUAAUCGCGCAGGCCAGGACUUGCAGGCUAGUUUCAAUCUGCUGCAUGACGAUGCUUCCCCAGCGACUCCUUCCAAGCCUAGACGCACGCCUCACAAUGAGCUGCACUUUCAGAAGACCGAAGAAGCAAACCGGACUUACUCAGCAGUACUGCGCCAGGAGAUGUUUGAGGACUCUGUACCCCAGGCUCUAUCACAGCGCUUGUCUCCCACAGAUAGCGGCAAUAUGCGGUCUGGAGGACGGUCGCAUACUCCGCCGACAAGGACUACGAGCUCUUUACCACCGCCAAGCGGGACUCCGUCUACUCCUCACAAGAACCUCUUUUCCUAUUCAGGCCAGCCAACACCGUCGAGAACACCAUCGAGCCGGCAUGGCGUACUUAAUCUCAACGCGCGUGCAGACAUCUACAGUUUAUCACCCAUCAAAUACAGCAGUCAACGUAUGCUACUCAGCCCCCAAAGAGCUCCACGGGCUGUCUCCAAGGUUCCAUACAAGGUUCUUGAUGCGCCAGAUCUAGCAGACGACUUCUAUCUCAAUCUCGUCGAUUGGGGUAGUCAAAACACUCUCGGUGUCGGAUUGGGGUCAUGUGUUUACAUGUGGAACUCAAGUAGUGGCCGCGUUACUAAGCUUUGUGAACUGCAGGACGAUUCCGUAACGAGCGUCAACUGGAUACAACGGGGCUCGCAUAUUGCCAUUGGCACAAAUAAAGGUCAAGUGCAAAUUUGGGAUGCGCAUACUCAGCGCCGCCUACGAACGAUGAUGGGUCAUACCGCUCGAGUCGGUGCCCUUGCCUGGAAUGAACACAUCCUUACGUCUGGCUCGAGAGAUCGUAUCAUCUACCAUCGCGACGUACGACAACCUGAUCAGUGGCUUAGGAAGCUGGUAGGUCACAAGCAGGAGAUCUGUGGCCUAAAGUGGAACCAUGAAGACCAACAGCUUGCCUCCGGGGGCAAUGACAACAAGUUGAUGGUUUGGGACAAACUGAACGCCGAGCCUACAUUUAAGUUCAGCGAACACCAAGCCGCUGUUAAAGCCAUCGCCUGGAGUCCUCAUCAACGUGGCCUCUUGGCUAGUGGCGGUGGUACUGCGGAUCGAACCAUCAAAUUCUGGAACACUCUGAUCUCGACAAGUGGCCCCUCUGCUUCAUCCCUUGCUGCGGCUUCGGCAGCCGCAUCAGCUUCCAGUGCUGCCAAUAUUCCUACCUCACCUACAGCGCCAGCGAAUCUACUUCAGAGCCUCGAUACGGGCAGUCAGGUCUGUAAUCUUGCGUGGUCAAAAAAUAGCAACGAAAUUGUCUCGACCCAUGGCUACAGUCAGAACCAGAUUAUUGUUUGGAAAUAUCCUAGUAUGCAACAGGUGGUCUCGUUAACAGGGCACACAUAUCGUGUGCUCUACCUUGCAAUGAGUCCAGAUGGCCAAGUCAUAGUCACGGGUGCCGGCGACGAGACGCUUCGAUUCUGGAAUGCUUUCAAAAAGAAGGAGCGUACUGGAGGACUCAGCAGCAUGGACAAUUGGGGGGUCAUUCGAUGA